AUGUCUAAAGUAGACGUUGUUAUUACACGGGUUCGUGCCCGUUUGCAAGAGUUGGGUAUAAAAUUAUGGCUAGAACCCUAUUAUUUGAAAUCAUCGGGAUCAGUCGAAACAGAAAUUGUUAAUUUGGCAGAGGACUUCAGCCAUAAUCUCGGAAUUUCCAAAUCAGAUUGUAAAUUAGCUCUUUCAGAACUACAAGAGGGAGCUUUGAGAAAAUUAAAAGCGCGGGAAGAGUUUUUGGCUACAGGUAUUGCCACCUUCACGGUACGACGUAUUAAUAAUUGGCAAGGCACGCAAAGUAUCGUGGAAGUCAAGUGUCCCUUAUCAUUUUUGGGUAGUGAAUUACAAAAGAAUGUAGCUAAAGCUUUGAAUAUUGAAAACGCGGCAAGAAUCAAAUGCAUAUCUGCUGGAAAAAUUGUUAAUCCAGAGCAAACUUUAAUAGAUCAGAAUAUUAAAAACAAUCAACAGUUGAUGGUUAUCAUAAGCGAAGUGGACAAACAAGAACAUAUGCAAGAAAAUGUCAUGCACGAUCGUAUACAAAAGAUAAAAAAGGAUGUAGAAGCUAUUGUCGACUCUAAUAAGCAGUUAUUUGAGAUGGAAGAUCAAGACGGUAAUCCUGUAUUUUUGCCACCAACUGAAAACCGGGCAAUAUUAAUUGGCAUGGGCAUUUGUGAGAAAGGUCGCGUAGCCAUGAAAAACGAACGUUACGACGAAGCUUUAAUAUUAUUUUUAGAAGCUGAUGAAAAAUUUACCGCUUGCAAUUCGAAAUUCUUGGAAGCAGUUGAUAAUUAUGCACUAAUUAAUUUAGAUAUUGUUUGGUGUUAUUUAUGUCUUAAGAAUGUUACCCAGUUACCUGACGCUCAAAGACGAUUAGAAAUUUGUGAAAAUAGUUUUCGUCGGAGUUACGGUGAAAAUUUGCAACGCUUGAUUACCCUGAAAGGUGAUGGUUGUGCCGAAAAAGCUCUUAUUAUGCGCUUACAUUUACUGCAAGGCGUUGUACUUUUCCAUCAAAAUCGACGCAAUGAGGCGCUCGAAAAAUUGGACAUUGCAGAGAAUGAAUUACUUGCACUUAAAGUGGACGACACAUCGAUAGAAACUUUAGUGGAAAUGGGUUAUGAACCUCAUGAGGCACGUUUGGGUUUGCGUGCUCGCGGUGGCGAUAUAGAACAGGCCAUUAAUUUCAUACAUGAUCAGCAUGAAAAAUUGCGGGAGACACGAAAACAUUCGCAAAAAGAACGUAAACUCAAUCAGAAAUUAGACGUAAGAAAACACGAUAAGAAUUGGGUUAAUCCGCGCAGUGUGUGCAGUCUAAUGGAAAUGGGUUAUUCCAGCAAAUUAGUGGUGCAGGCUUUACGAGAUAGUAGAAAUGAUUUAAACAAAGCGUUGAACUUAUUACAAAAUCAUACUGAAGAAUUAAGCCGUAAAUUACCUUUAGAAGGUACAAUUAACAUUGACCUAAUGGAACAAUUACAGCAAUUAGGCUUUAGUGAGUCUCGUGUACGCAUUGCUUUGGAAGCGACACGAAAUAAUCUUGAAAGUGCAAUCGAUUUUUUAGUUAAAAUGUAUACCGAUGAGAAGGAUCUCAGUAUGUUUAUCGAACGAAUGACAGCAGUUGCGACGGACCAAGGCGCUCCCUCAACGUCUACUGGGCUGAAUAGUUUAGCGCAACAAAUUGUUGAAAAAGCCGCGAAAGAGAUUGAAUCCCUAAAUGCUUAUAACCGCUUCAAACAGGAUUUCAUUGCCAAUGACUUUGAUUAUUUGGAUUUGCCAUUGAUACAAGAAGAGCAAAUAUUGGCGGAAUAUAAGCAUUUAUUAAAAUGAAUGAAUUUUUUUUUUUUUUGUUAAUUUUUAUGCUUUUGUACAUUUCUAAAUG